AUGGUUGUCUUCAACAAAGCCACUCUUGCCCUGGCUGGUCUUUCGGCCAUCGCCUCGGCCGCCCCGACGACUCCUGCUCGCCAGGGCUUCACCGUUAACCAGGUGUCCAAGACUCUCACCAAGUCCAAGACUGUCAACCUGCCGGGUAUCUAUGCCAAUGCCAUCUCCAAGUACGGUGGUACUGUGCCCUCGAGCGUCCGUGCCGCCGCCGCCAGUGGCUCGGCUGUCACCACCCCCGAGGACAACGACAUCGAGUAUCUGACCCCGGUCAAGAUUGGUGGCUCAACUCUGAACUUGGACUUUGACACCGGCUCGGCCGAUCUCUGGGUCUUCUCCUCGGAUCUCCCCAGCUCAGAGCAGACCGGCCACAGCGUCUACAAGCCAGACAGCGACAAGCUGGACGGCUACUCGUGGUCGAUCUCGUAUGGCGAUCAGAGUUCCGCCAGCGGCGACGUCUACAAGGACACAGUCAGCGUCGGCGGCGUCACGGCCAAGAGCCAGGCCGUCGAAGCGGCCAAGAAGAUCAGCGACCAAUUCGUUCAGGACCAGAACAACGAUGGUCUGCUGGGUCUGGCAUUCAGCUCUAUCAACACCGUCAAGCCCAAGUCGCAGACCACUUUCUUCGACACUAUCAAGUCGCAGCUCGACUCGCCACUGUUCGCUGUCACUCUGAAGCACAACGCUCCCGGCAGCUAUGACUUCGGCUUCAUUGACAAGUCCAAGUUCAAAGGCGACCUGACCUACGCCGAUGUCGACAGCUCGCAGGGCUUCUGGCAGUUCACUGCUGAUGGCUACAAGAUCGGCGACAGCGGCUCGUCUGGCUCGUCUAUUGACGGUAUUGCUGACACCGGCACCACGCUCAUGCUCCUCCCCGACACCAUCGUCUCCGAAUACUACAAGCAGGUCGACGGCGCCGAGGAGGACUCCUCUGCCGGCGGCUACACCUUCGCCUGCUCAUCCAAGCUGCCCGACUUCACUGUCACCAUCGGUAAAUACAACGCCGUCGUCUCGGGUGACCUGAUAAACUACGCCCCCCUCACCGAGGGCAGCUCCACCUGCUUCGGUGGCAUCCAGAGCAACUCUGGUCUAGGCUUCUCUAUCUUUGGCGACAUCUUCCUCAAGAGCCAGUAUGUUGUCUUUGACUCUGAGGGUCCUCGCCUUGGCUUUGCGCCCCAGGCGUAA